UGUGUGUGUGUGUGUGUGUGUGUGUGUGUGUGUGUGUGUGUGUGUGUGUGUGUGUGUGGUUAUACUCCCUCUCCUGUCUCACCCGCUGUGCAAACACUCUGGAGUUUGACCCACUUCUUAUCUUAUCGCAGGAAUGAAAAUAUAUGCCUAUAGAGCCACACUCUGCGCGCCUUUACCCUUCAAGCCCUGCUCCAUCUCGGUCCAGAUCCAGAGCAUCCCCAGACCACCGCAGACCAGGGCAUCUGGUGUCCACACACGGGGGUGUAGCGGGAGCAUUUCGUCACUGUGAGGCUGCUCAGCGGUCGCCUGUGGUAGAGCCAGCCAGCAUGGAUUACUUAUUUUCUUAUUGACUCUUGUUUGUGGGAUUUCUGCUCUUUAAUUGAAGGGAUGGCAUGGUUGUCAUGGUGACACCCAGGACUUAAAGCGUGUUGUGAGCCGAGCCAAAGAGGGGGUCUCUUUGUGCUGCUGGCCUCACCAGGCUGCAUGUAAGACCACAGCUUGUAUUUAUGGAUUUUAGACUUUACUCAGCAAAACUUAUUUCAACUAAAGAUGAUGCGGGUUAAGUUUAAGAAGAAGAAAAAAAGUUAAAAUAUGCGCAGGCCGCCUGGACAUUGACUACUUGUUUUUGGUUCCUUCAAAUAAAUCUUUUCACUGUAUUACUCACAACAAUACAUUGACAGCAAAGGAAAAAGGACAGUAGUCUCAUUAAUAAGAGGACUUGGGUUGAAUUGGUUAAUGAUGCAAGGCUGUUGGCAGUGUUGAAUUUCCUAAUGACUGACAACUCCUGGGUCUGUAGCCUCUUUACACUACUUAAUCCGGCAUGUGACAAAUUGAGACUUGAUCCUGGCUGAAUGCACAUCAGCCUGUAAGAGCCAUCCACUCCAUAAGAUAGAGACCUUCCACUCAUUCCUGCAGUCGCCGGAUGGUUUCAUGCUCAUUUACACAUAAGGAGCAGCUGGGUCUUGUCUGGAAACGAGGUGGGCGUCAAGGAGUGGAGACUUAAGUCGGUUCAGUUGCUCGAGAGGGACUCCUCCAAGGUCCUUUUGGCUGGAGUCAAGAGGGGGAGAGCUGAGAGCCUUUCCAUCCUCACCAGGCGUGGAGGAGAGGGGCGAUGAGAGAGAGGAGAGUGCCAGGAAGUGGGAUAGAGGCAGACAGCUACAGGGGGUGUGCCCUCAGGGGAAACUUAAGAAAACAAGACCUCUUUGAUUUAAUGGGUCCAAUCAUUGGGAUGUCACCAGAUAAGAAAACGGAAAUUCCGGGUAUGCAAGAAGAGCGGACAGGGCUCAGAGGUGUUUGUGGUGUGGGAACGCUGCCAGAGGCGGAGUGUGCGUCCAGUCCGUUGGCGACCAGCGUCGAUCGGACCGGAGGCAACGAGGACGAGGAGCUUACCAACCUCAACUGGCUCCAUGAGAACCUGCUUCAGAACUUCACUCUGGGAGGCCCCGAAGCUCAGCCCAGUGGCAGCCCUCUUUUCGACAUCGAGGGAGACUGCGGGCCCAACCAGGGCCCGUCCUCCUCCUCCUCAUCUUCGUCACACGGCAGAGGCAGGGAGCGAGACUCUUUGAAGUCUAAGCCCCCUUUCUCAUUUUCCCUCCUCAUCUACAUGGCCAUUGAGCAGUCUCCCAGCAAGUCUUUGCCCGUCAAGGAAAUCUACGGCUGGAUUCUUGAGCACUUCCCUUAUUUCUCCAACGCUCCCACUGGUUGGAAGAACUCAGUGCGUCACAACCUGUCCCUGAACAAAUGCUUCCGCAAGGUGGAGAGGAGUUUAGGAAAGGCGAAUGGAAAAGGUUCUCUCUGGUGUGUAGACCCUGAGUACCGCCCCAACCUGAUCCAAGCCCUUAAAAAGCAGCACUUCCCUGCCGCACAUGCCUUCUGCACACCACCCGCCUCCCCACCCAGUGCCUCCUCACCCCCACGCCAUCUCUUUCUACAAGGCUGCUCAUUUAAAGAGUCUGACAUUGAUGCUGCCACUGCCAUGAUGCUCUUAAACUCUGCCCCUGGGCACCACGUUGACCCAUGCAAUUCUGACAGCCCACUGGACCUCUCCAGACCCGACUCUGUCCUGGUGAGCAGCGAUCCAAAGCAGGACCACAACUACAGCAGCGUAGCCCUGCAGCGUUGCUCCUCCCGCUCCUCCUCCUCGUCUCUGUCCUCCCUCGACGAAGGAGGCUGCGACCGCAGGCAGUCCCGCCGCGCCGGCAGCGAGGGCUUCCACAGUGACGAGGACUCCGACCUCUGGGACGAGAGGGGCGUGCACCAAACUUCACGGCGCCCGACCGCUAUCAAGUGGCCCGCUGGCAAGAGGGCACGACGCGAGGCCAAGCCGGAGCUGGAUGAGGAGCUGAAGGAAGCAGCAGGCUCCUUGCUGCACCUCGCCGGUAUACGCAGCUGUACGGAGGGCUCCAAACGCACUGUCAAGAGCACAAAACUUAACAGGAAAUGAAGACCACCUCCCCUACUCGCCCUCUCCUCAUCAUCAGACUCCGGACCCUGUGAACCCUAACCUCUGACCCCUGAUCGUGUGUCCCAGUGUGCCUCCUUCUCCUCAUCUGAUCGUUCAUUGGCCAUUUUGAGCCUUUUUUUUUUUUUUUUGGGAUAUCCCUGUCCAACAAAACAAAUGGCAAUAGUAUCGUUCACACAGGAGAACAAAGCCAUAUAGAGACUUUUGUAACUCGGGGGUAACUGCCGGGGUGGGUGUUUGGGCUAUGGAGAACCAUCGAGAUACCUAUCCAAAAUGACCUACCUGCUUCUGUUGGAUUAGACGAUUGUGAUUCAAGAUUCUUUUUUUUUUUUUUUUUCCUCUGAAAGACGACAUGGGAAAAGCUGAAGGUUUUAUAACUCAAAGCGUUGCAUGCUUCCUCCUCAAAACCUGUAUCCUCUUCCAAGUGAAUCUAUUUAUGAAGCGAAUGAGUGCAUGUUUGUAACAGACAAAAUCUAACCUCCUGGUGUUAUCAGUUUUUCUUUUUCUUUUUGUGCUAAAGGGAAAAAAAAUGCCACUGUUUUUUUUCUUGAAAGGAGUCCUUACUCUACGAAUCCUCUUGUAUGAGAGAUGCAAUAAUUAAUCCACAACCUUAACUUUUUUGACUUUAUUCAAUGGUGGCAUUUUUCAGAGUUGAGUAUGCUAGUUAAACUUUACAAUUAAGAGAAUGAAUGGAGUAGUAUUAUGAUCUUGUUAUGCGAUAAACUUAUUACACACGAGCUCCGGCUCUAUUUCAGGAUUAGCAAGAUGUGAAAAUAGUAUUACUCUGCCACUGCCAAAUUUAGUUGCAAAGUUAGCUAUACUACUUCGCUCCAUUUUGUGCGGCCAUCACAGCGAUCGCUUGACAAAUGAAAGCUGUUUUUUAAUUUUUUUUAAUUUUUUUAAUUUUGCAAAUCUACUGCUCAUCCUGUCAACCCCUUUUCAUUCAUCAGUGUGUUUUUUGACAUUUAUUGUGCAGACACAGAACAUAUAUUCACGUGUUUGGUGACAGCCUAUGCAAAGUGAACAUCUGCCACAUAUUGCCAGAUGUUCACUACUUGUUCAUAGGUUAUCCUCCAUAGAUUUUAUUUUAAUUUUAUUUUAUUUUAUUUUAUUUGUGUGUCUGUGUGUGUGUGUGGGUGUGGGUGUGUAUCAUAGUGCAUGUUGAUGACUUCAGCCUAAACCUGAGAUGACGGUCGUCACAGCAAAGAGUUUGCUCUUCUCCUACUGAAAAAGUAGUCGUACUGCUUCAGUGAAUAUAAUUAGUGGAAUGACAGAUCUCCUUGCUACAGCUGUACAGUACUGUAUGUAUGCUGGGACCAGUUGGUACCCUAAAAUUACACAGCUUCUCGCUCCAUUAUUUGGGUUUGCAUUUUGAUUGUACCUUCAUAUGUGUUUUCCAUGUUUUUCGAACCAUGUUCUUUAGAAAAUGACUUAAUUACACAGCUAAUUUUGCUCUUGGCCAAUACUCAACUUGAGGGAAGGUGUGCCUGUUUUGGCUUAAAUUUAAUAUAAUAAUAAAAAAAAAAAGGCAGAGCACAGUCGGAGAAAGAAGGAGAAGUCACAGCCAGAGACAACUGGAUUGUGUGUGUGUGUGUGUGUGUGUGUGUGUGCAGUCGCUCGCAGGCGAGAUGUUGGAAAAACCUGCGCCGCUCUCAUGUUGUGCCCUCAGCUCUGGCUGGCCACUAGUGUUACGUCUUCGCUCUUCCUCCUCGAACAAAAUAAGGAAGUGCUCGCUCUCUUCUCAAGCUGUGAAAUGGAGUGUUUAUAGUCAGUUGAUUGCAUGCAGUUCAUUGAGGGGAAGUUGCAAGCCACUUGUGUUGAAUUCUCAUUUGAGCUUUUAACAAAAAACCUGUGUGAACACAGGUUUAUAAUACAAGGUAGCAUGGGAGCGAAGAAUUGAACGGUAACAAACAGAAUAAUAUAAUUUCUUCCCACAGAAAAAAAAAGUAAGACUAGAUCUCAUUGUGUCACAGUGACUGUUAGUAUAGCAUGCAUGGUCAGUGCCAAACAUUUUCUCGUGCCACUGAUGUAAAACUGCAAACGGCCAUGGUCACUAUAACCCCCCUGCUGCCACAAUGUAGUCACAAUUUAGAGCAACAAUGCCCUAGUUUUUUCUGAAUCAUCGGAACAGGAAAUGGGAGAGGACUCUGGUCAGUUUAGUGACUUAACCAAUCCUUUUGGUUUAUUUUUGUCACUUUAGAGUGGGAGCUGUCCUUAGCAGAAUAAGCUGCAGUUCUCAGAAGUAAUACUUACAUACACUGGUCUUGUUUAGCUGUGAAAAAAAGAACAAAUUAUUGUUCAUUAAUCAUUAUUUAUGACAUUAAUUUAUGGGAUUAUUGAAUGCAUACUCUAUCAAACACUGGUCAUUUGAAAAGAAUGACUGGGCACAUCAAUUUUUCUCCCUGUGUGAAAGUAUUUGUUUUUCUCCUUGUUUUGUUUUACAGCAAUACACCUUUUUUUUCUUUCACUAUGUUAUAGUGAUUAAGUAUUUUGCCAAUGUCUACUGUCUUUAGAGCGGGUGUUUUUUUAUUUAUUUAUUUUUUUUUCAAUUUAACCAUGACUGCCAGGUUUUCUUGAUGUUUUGUUUUGCUUUUUUGUUAGGCUGGAUAGUUGAUUAACAGUAAUCCUGAAACCUUUUUGUUGCCAAAAUUGACGUACAACUGGGGUAUCAAAUUUCCGAUGGACACAUUCCCCAUGUACUGUAAUUUCUUUGAAGCUGAUUUAAUCAUUUUUACAUUUGUCUCAUCGUUUAUGUUUAGAUAUUAUGACUUAAGUAAAUUGAUUUGCUCUCAAUCUCGUCACAGAUAAGAACUGUUUGGGGGGAAAAAAGAGACUGCCUCUCAUAACUCAUGCUUCCAGGUAAUGUCAUGGGAUGUAUCAAAAUGUUUAGAUUAUCACUGAAAACUGGAACAGACUAACUCGGUCCCCAGGCUGCUGCUGUGUAGUUACAUUUAGGGACAACUGCAUGAAAAAUGUUUCGAGAUCUCACUCAUUCUUUCUGUAGCACUUGCAAAAGAACGUUUACGAUGGUCUCAGAGUGAAAAGAGUUGUUGAACUGUCUGUAGAUGAGCCCACCUGAACAUUUUGGACUAACCCAACUUUAAAAAAAAGCCAGUUGCUUCACUGCUGAACAGCUGUUAUUUAAUAUUGGUUAUGUGACUCUUUCAAAAUUCUGUUGCAGUUCCUAUGGGUAUGAUGAACAUUUUGUUGCAUUUGACAAAGCUGCCAGCCCAGUAUCGGUUUGUGUCAGUUGUCUGCCAUGUCUAUUGGACCGACACACCUUUUUUGGUUUUUGUAUGCUAACCUCUGUUGAUAAAAUGUUUAUAAGAUUUAUUUUCGCCAAAGAUAUGCAAUUGCAUUAUAUAUGGUAUUACAAAAUAUUAAUAAAAACCUGUUCUUGUUA